GUUUUGCCGCCAUCGUUCGCAACUGAACCGCCAGAAUUCUGCUGGUUUGCAGCCUUGCGGGUGGUUUGCUUGAUUAGUGCCUCGUAAUAAUAUAUGCGAAAGAAAGUAAUCGGUGAUUAGUGGGCGAUUAGCAGUGCGAUUUGUUGGAAUUUUCAUAGGCGAUGUGUUGAUUGUGUUUGAAAAUUAAUUUGUGGCGAAAAAAUGCGACAAACCGUUUCCACCCCAAAGACUGCUUCGAAGACGGAGACGCCGUCGUUUCCGUCCUCCUGCUGCUUUAUUUGCAAGAGCUCCGAAAACGAUGAACUUUUCCUGGGAAAGUUCCAUAAAAAGUGGCGCAUCCAAGUACACUAUCACUGCUUGUUACUUACUUCCAAUCUCGUUCAGAAUGGAGAUGAUGAUGAGGGAAUAUUUGGAUUCAUGGAAGAGGAAAUCAGGAACGAGGAAGCUCGGAUUCGAGGCCAGAAAUGCUACGUCUGUAAGGAGCGGUAUGCCAAUAUAUCGUGUUGCGCCAAGAAAUGUUUCCGAUCGUUUCACACGAAUUGUGGACUUAAGAAUGGUUGUCUGUCGCAUUAUGUGGAUACGUUCCAGUCCUGGUGUGACAAGCAUGUUGAACUGGUUGAUGAUGAAAAACAUUCGGAGACGGAAUCCUGUGGAAUUUGCUACGACGAUAUGGGACCGUACCGGAGGCUGGAAUCCGUUCGAGCUCCGUGCUGUCAUAAUGGAUGGUUUCAUCGGCGAUGCGUGGCGCAAUUCGCACAAUCGGCGGGAUACUUUUUCAAGUGUCCUUUGUGCAACAACAAGGACGAUUUUGGACAGCUGAUAAGACAGCGCGGGGUGUACAUUCCAGAGAAAGAUGCCUCGUGGGAACUAGAACCGAAUGCGUUUGGUGACCAGUUGGAACGUCCGUCGGAGUGUGAUGCGGAGGAAUGUCGCUGCCGGUAUGGAAGGGAUUUUGACGACUGCAAGCGCUGGGAUCUAAUAAUGUGUGCCACAUGCGGUUCCACUUGCCGUCACGAUCAGUGCAUGGACAUACCCUCGAAAAACUAUGUGUGCACCUUUUGUCGGCCGAUUGUGGGAAAUGAACCACCGGCCGCUGUGUUGGAAUUGGCGGAAGCAUCGCGACGAGAGGAAGCAGCAAGACGAGCAGCUGCAGAAAACGAAAAUAGAGCCAGUGGAAGUAGACGAGGAAAUUCGUCAAAUUUGGCAUCAAGUCGAUCUCAGUCUGAGGGUUCGGACUCGGAUAGUUCUCUGGGAACCACUGCCAUGAAGUCCAAGAAGAGAAAACGAUACAUUGAAUCCUCCGAGUCCAGUGCUUCAUCGCCAGUCCUUGCUAGGAAAAAGCGCAACUCUAAGAAUCGACGAACCGUACUAGAAAGUGAGGAUAGCGACUCCGACGUUAAGUCGAAGAGAAAAAAGUCAAGCGGCCAAAGGCGGCUUUCGUCGACAUCAUCCUACUCUUCGCUAGCUUCUUCACACGGUGAAGAAAUCAGUUUGGAAGAGAUAGUCAAAAAUACUCCACUCCCACGUGGAACCUCCGUGGAAAAACUUCUAUAUGCGAAACCCAUUGUAAGAGUGGAGAAGCUUACCGAAGAAAAGAUUAAAUCGCUUUCUUCCUCCGAGCAUGAUGAGGACGAAGAAGUAUCCUCGACAGGGUCAUCAGCCGUGUUCGACUUCAACUAUCGUGUCAAACAAAACAAAAAGCAAAGGCACAGAUCGAUGAUCGAACUUCCAACAAUCAAAGAAGUAAUACGCUCCGACACGGACACUUUAACCGAUGCAUCGGUUGGUGGUGGGAAGGAAUCAGUUCCUCGCCCUGAAACGCCUGUUACAAACAAAACAUUCAUGAAGCAGUUUAAGCUGAAACUGUUGGGGUCAAAAUCGGUAUCCCGGAAGCGUUCUACCAGCGAAUCCGAACCGGACGUCGUUGCUGCCAAAAAGCCAUGCCCGACAGUGGACCAGCAGCCCAGCAAGACUCGUGUUUCUCUAUUUCCAUCUUAUGAUGAGGAAAACACCUGCCCUAACAGCCCCCGAAAAGCUUCCAGCGAACCGAUUUCUCUCGACUACACUCAAGAACAGCAACAGCAGACAACUGAUCCAUCGCCUGUGAAGCAGAAGUUCUCCAAUCGCAGCCUGCCAGUCGUAUUUCCGCCCACUCCGCCGAAAUCAUCGCCCUCCAGCGGGUCCAAAACGACGUCAUCACAUGCAGCAGCAUCCGCUCAGCAGCAGAAGACCCUAAAUGCGUUCUUCAAAACAAGCCCCCCGGUUGAGGCGGACAAGGCAAACGCUGUAACUGCUGGAGAGUCAUCCCAAAGUAGUGCAAUAGCAUCGAGUGGCAAACAGGUUGCGAAGAGUGCGAAGACGCCGAAAACGACCGCACGGAAGAAGUUCGUCGAACUGGAUCGAAACCAACGGAAUCUGCUGGAUUAUUUCAACCGCUGCUGACGCCCAUUUUUCGGAGAGCGUAUUGUUUGAUUUCGUUGAUAAAAGUUGAAUCGAAACACUUUCGUCGAAGUGAGAUGAAAAUGGAUCAUUUUUGACAUUACACUAUUUUUUUUCAGUUUAAUAUUACAAAUUUUAUAUUGCUUACAAUAUCUUUUCUUAUAUACAUUAAGUAGAACUCGAUAUAAGGUAUCGUUAAAUGAAUUGAGAAUAAAGAAAUGAAGUAUAUCACGCAAAAUA